AUGUCGUGUGUACCGAUUGAAAGAGGACAACACUACGUGGCAGUUAAGUGGGGCGACGCGAUCAUAGUCGGUGUUUAUUUAUCCCCUAACAUCGAGGCCACAGCAGUAGAAAAAGCUAUGGAGGAGAUUGAAAGAUGUGUAUUAUUCCAUCAUGAUAAAUCCAUAGUUAUAGGGGGAGAUUUCAACGCCAAGGCGGAGAUGUGGGAAUCCCCAGUAACAAACCCACGAGGAAUAUUCCUCACGAAUUGGGUCAGCGACAUGGGACUGAUAUGUCUCAACUCCGGAGGCCAAAGUACAUGCGUCCGCGGCACUGGUGAAUCAAUCGUAGAUCUCAUAUUCGCAAAUCAGUUAGCUGCGGCUCGAGUAUUAAACUGGGAGGUUUCCAGGAUGGAAAGUGCUUCGGACCAUAGAUAUAUUGAGAUGACUCUCGGUAAGACGAGUUCGCAAACAAAGAAAGAAUCGAUGCCUAGGCCUAAAAGGUGGUCUCUGAAGAAACUGGAUGAGGAUCUAUUUAGAGCCGCAAUAGUGACAGGCUAUUGGAGCAAGGGAGAGACUGCCCAACCACAGGACCCGGAAUCGAAGGCGAUCAAAUUGCAAAGAAUCAUCACAGAAGCAUUUGACACCGCGAUGCCUAGAUCGACUCCGAGAUCGCGAAGAGCCAUGGUGGACUGA